AUGAGCAACAAAGGCAAGGUUCAAACGUGGGUUACCUGCAACCAAGGCGGUUGGAGUCAGGUCGGUGGUCUGCAAUGGAGCCUUAGAACAGUGCUCUGGCUGCAACUGGUUCAACAAAAUGGUGUAGUUCUCACCGUCGCUCACGUCGCUGCUGAAAUUGGACACUCUUCUGUUCCAGUUGGCUGCUUUGAGAUGAUAGUUGAACCAUCUGAGCAAAAUCUGUUCAGGAGGAAGUCUCAGGAACUGUUCCAAAGUCUCGUCAUCCUCCAACAAUCUGUACAGUUCUGGAUGGAGCUUGAUAUCGAUCUUGCUCAACAGACCUCUUCUGAUAAUCUGCCAAAUCAGACCCAGAAUCAAGUGUUCUUUUCCUUCAAUAAUAUCUUCCGAAUGGACGUUGACAACCACACAUCCAAUGGCCUUGGCCGAGUUCAACACCAUGUUGGCAUUCUCCAGCAUCGUGAAGUUGUUCAGCUUCUUGCCCUUCUUAGGGAUGUUCAAAACUCUGGUGUCAAUUGUGUCUGGAACAGAAUCGUUAAUCAGCUUGGAAAGAACCAAUCCGUCUGUGCACUCGUCGAAAAUCUGGAACGUAUCGAGCGAAAAUGGCAAUCUGUCACCAACAUGGGGAUCGCCAGCGAGAACGGCAUUGAUGUGUCUGGUGAACUCAAUCCGCUCUUCGUCGUUGAUUGUGUGUGUGGUACCGGACUUUCCUGUGACAAUGACCUUGGCAGCAGCACCGGUUCCCUUGUGUACAAACCCGCCCGCAGACGAGCCCGCAGAGGCCACCGUGCCGGCCGUGGCAGCAGAACCACCAGAAACAGGCGGCUGCCGGAUCUCCUUCAACUUGGCAUGCAACUCAACAUAGUCGUCCAGCUCCACAUGUCCCGAAGCAUCAACACUCACCUGCUUCAAUGCCUCUCUCACGUCGUCGUAAGAACCUUUGCCCUCUUGCGACACAGACUCGAUCACAUGCUUACGGUCCACCCAUCCUUUAUCGUCCAGGUCGAUCUUGCGGAAAUCAUCGAUAAUGUUGAAGAUAUCUUCCUGUUUCCAACGGCGUGUCCAAAAACGUCAUCUGAGUCUCCCGCUUGGCUGCCUCGCGACUGUCCAUGCCCGCAGAUUCCAUCUCCUUCUCGAAUUCCUCGUUCAUUAACUCCCAAAGCUCUAAUUCCUGCAAAUCCAGGUCCUUCAGAAACUGCGGACUCGUCUGGAACACCGUGUUCAGCGGCGACCGCUUCAGCUUCUUUGCAACCAGUUGCUCCUCGGUAA